UUAAUGUACGGUACAAGUACUCUGUAUCUUCCCUAAUACUGCCUUACGCCACAACACCAAUCGAUUCGAUUUUUUGUCAACGACGACGACGACCUAAUUGAUUCAUAAAAUCUGGAUAAUAAUUUCAUAAGUAUGCAGCAGCUAAGUUUUAUCUAUUUGAUGGCGGCCAUCGCCUCGGUCACGGCAUUUGUCCCCUUGCAGCCUAUGCACUCGGCGAGCCGCGGAAUGCCCUCUGUGUUCAUGGCAGAAUCGGUUGAGGAAGCCAGUAUGGACGCCAUCGACAAAAUGGAAAAGUCCAUCGAAUCGGUCCUUCAGAACAUGAACACUAUUCGAACUGGUCGUGCUUCCCCUGCCAUUUUGGAUCGUGUCAAGGCCGACUAUUACGGAGUCGAAUCUCCCAUCAAUCAGAUGGCGACCAUUUCAGUGCCAUCGGCUCAACAACUGACGGUCGAACCCUUUGACAAGUCUAUGUUGGGUGAAAUCGAAAGAGCUUUGAUGGAAUCUGAUGUUGGCCUUACUCCUAUGAAUGAUGGUAAUGUUAUUCGAUUGAACAUCCCCAGUCUAACCGAAGAAAGGCGCAAGGAGAUGAUGAAACAAUGCAAAGCGAUCGGCGAAGAGGGCAAGGUCGCUGUCCGAAAUAUUCGUCGAAAAGCUGUUGAUACCAUCAAGAAGCUCGAGAAAGAUAGCGAAAUUUCUGAAGAUGAAUCGAAAUCUAGCCAAGAUGAAAUUCAAAAGAUGACUGACGACAAGGUGAAGGAGAUAGAUGGAAUUGUUGAGAAGAAGGAGAAGGAAGUAAUGACCGUCUAAUCAAUGAGCAAUCAGGAUCUAUUUCCAACUCAAAUGAAAACGAUUUUCUGUUGACGACUCUCCUAUGGGAUGACUCCAAGUUUGACGAAGCCGUUUUGUUCGAUGCCCGUCACUCGUUUGAUCACAAACAUAACUUAGCUAAACAAAUCAAAAAUACAAUG